AUGGCUAACGUGGAAUUUCAGACUGCCGUGGACAUUGGAACCGGAACUGGGAUUUGGGCCAUGUUCCCGAAUGCUUCCGUUAUUGGUACUGACCUCGCACCUAUCCAGCCUGGUUGGAUCCCACCUAAUCUGGAGUUCCAAAUUGAAGACUGUACCCAAGAAUGGACCUUCCAGCCUAACACCUUCGACUAUAUCCAUAUGCGCUGGCUCGUCGGUAGCAUUGCAGACUGGAAGUUUCUGUUCAAGGAAGCCUAUAAGUGCCUCAAGCCAGGAGGGUACAUCGAGAGCUACGAGCCAUCAUCUCGCGUGGAAAGUGACGACGGUACAGUCCAACCCGGCAGUGCGCUUAGCCAGUGGGAGAAGUUCUUCGUUGAAGGUGGGCGUAAGAUCGGACGACCAUUCACGAUCUUCGAGGAGAACAUUCAGAGAGAAGAAAUGAGAGAAGCUGGGUUUGUAGAUAUCGAAGAACGCGAUUUCAAGAAUCCUGUGGGAGGCUGGCCAAUGGACCCGAAGCAGCGAAGCGUCGGGCAGUUCAUGCAAGCUGCUUUCGAACAAGACGCGCAGGGAACUGUGCUUCAUAUGGCUACUGCAUUAGGCUGGACGGAGGAAGAAGUGACGGUGUUCAUCUCCCACUUUAGACGGGAGAUCCGAUCACCCAAGAUUCACUCGUAUUUCCGGCAGAAGGUUGUUUGGGGACGGAAGCCUCUUUAG